CCUACCAUUCAUCCAAGAUAAAGUUUGAGAAAACAUAUAUCAAAAGCACCACCUCCAAUAUCUCAUUGUUUCAGUGACAAAACAGAGAAGAGAGACACACACACAGAAACACUAGUCUAAUCUAAUGGCUCUGAGGAUGUGGGCUUCUUCAACUGCAAAUGCACUCAAACUUUCUUCCUCUGCCUCCAGGCUUCACCUUUCUCCUCCUUUUUCUCUCUCAAGAUGCUUCUCUUCUGUCUUGGAUGGACUCAAGUACGCUUCUUCACAUGAAUGGGUCAAGCAUGAAGGCUCUGUAGCUACCAUUGGUAUCACUGAUCAUGCCCAGGACCAUCUUGGAGAGGUUGUGUUUGUGGAGCUGCCAGAAUCCGGUAAGCCAGUUACUAAAGGUGACGGUUUUGGAGCAGUUGAGAGUGUUAAAGCUACAAGUGAUAUCAACUCUCCAAUCUCAGGGGAGAUUAUUGAGGUUAACACUAAGCUCUCCGAACAACCUGGCCUGAUCAACACAAGCCCAUACGAAGAUGGAUGGAUGAUCAAAGUGAAGCCAAGCAGUCCAUCUGAAUUAGAUUCCUUGUUGGGUCCACAGGAGUAUACAAAAUUCUGUGAGGAAGAAGAUGCUGCACAUUGAAGUUUGAACUCGUUACUGCAGUUAUAUUGGACUGACUGUUUCUCAUAUGUUUAUGUUCUUAAUUAAUUAUCAUGUUUUAAACAGUUUUUUUCAAGUACAAUACAACUGCUUUCCAAUUUUUCUUUCUCUGCAAUUUAUUGUUACUGACACUUCAGUGUGUCUACCUCCUCAUCUAAUGCACUAUUACUUUGGCUUGGUUGUCCA